UCUUUCCAUUUUCUUUUACUUGCGGCUAAUUAAAAAUUCACAACACACACUAGUACUGGUACACUCAGACAGGCACACACAUCCUCUGUACCGCACUUAAAUAUUGCGCCAUCCCUCAUCAUUCACUUGCUUCUUCCGGGAACCUAAAUGUCACAUAAUACUCUUUUUUAAACUCUGCUCUCUCUGCCUUUCUUUCUCUUGCCUUUCAAUUUUGCUAUAAAGGAGAGCAGCAAAAGGCGUUUUCUAUUGGUGGUUUCGUCGUUGUAAUCAUUGUCAUUGCUGCUUCAAAAUGCCGCUCAGUUUAGCGGGAACUGGUGCUAUUUGCACCUUGUUCUGCAUCGCUGUUUCUUUUUUUGCCAUUGUUGGAGCUGAAGAUCCGUACAGGUUUUUUAACUGGAAUGUUACUUAUGGUGACAUAUACCCGCUCGGCAUUCGUCAACAGGGUAUACUCAUUAAUGGGCAAUUUCCAGGCCCUGAUAUUCAUUCUGUCACAAAUGACAACCUUAUUAUCAAUGUAUUCAACAGCUUAGAUGAGCCUUUUCUUCUCUCCUGGAAUGGGAUUCAGCAGAGAAGAAAUUCAUAUGAGGACGGUGUUUAUGGAACCACAUGCCCAAUUCCUCCAGGAAAGAACUUCACAUACAUUCUUCAAGUGAAGGAUCAGAUAGGAAGUUUCUACUACUUCCCGUCUCUUGCAUUCCACAAGGCUGCUGGUGGUUUUGGAGGUAUCAGAAUCCUUAGUCGUCCGCGAAUUCCUGUCCCUUUUGCAGAUCCUGACGGUGAUUACACCAUUCUUAUUGGAGAUUGGUACAAAUCUAAUCACACGGACCUGAAGGCUCAUUUGGAUAAUGGUAAGAAGCUACCAUUCCCUGAUGGAAUUCUCAUCAAUGGUCGAGGGCCCAGCGGUUAUUAUCUUACUGUUGAACAAGGAAAAACAUACAGGCUUAGAAUAUCAAAUAUUGGGCUGCAAAAUUCACUCAAUUUCCGCAUUCAAAAUCAUAAAAUGAAGUUAGUAGAAGUGGAAGGAACACAUACUCUCCAGACUACCUAUUCUUCACUUGAUGUUCAUGUGGGCCAGUCUUAUUCUGUCCUAUUUACAGCUGACCAGCCUGGUCAGGACUACUACAUCGUGGUUUCCUCUAGGUUCACUACUCAGGUCCUCACCACCACAGGUGUUCUUCAUUACAGCAACUCUGCUGGCUCAGUUUCUGGCCCACCCCCUGGUGGACCCACCAUUCAGAUUGAUUGGUCUCUCAAUCAGGCCCGCUCCAUUAGGACCAAUCUUACUGCAAGUGGACCAAGACCAAAUCCACAGGGCUCAUACCACUAUGGAAUGAUCAACACAUCCAGGACUAUCAUCCUUGCGAGUUCUGCUGGUCAAGUGAACGGCAAGCAGAGAUAUGCAGUCAACAGUGUGUCCUUUAUUCCACAGGACACCCCACUAAAGCUUGCAGACUUCUUCAAAAUUCCGGGAGUUUUCAAGGAGAACAGCAUCUCGGACAGACCUUAUGGUGGAGGAAUUUACCUUGACACGUCAGUUUUGACUGUUGAUUAUAGAGCAUUUGUAGAAAUUGUAUUUCAGAACAAUGAAGACAUUGUGCAAAGCUGGCAUCUUGAUGGUUACAGUUUCUUCGUAGUUGGUAUGGAUGGAGGACAGUGGACAUCAGCCAGCAGGGAUCAAUACAAUCUCCGUGAUGCAGUUGCACGAUGCACCGCUCAGGUAUAUCCAAUGUCAUGGACUGCUAUUUAUGUUCCACUAGACAAUGUAGGGAUGUGGAACUUAAGGACAGAGUUCUGGGCACGCCAAUACCUGGGCCAGCAGCUCUACUUGCGAGUCUACACAACAUCAACUUCACUUAGAGACGAAUACCCCAUUCCAAAGAAUGCACUCACCUGUGGCAAGGCAAGCGGCCGACGCACACGACCUCUGUGAGCAAUGGCGUUAUUAGUAAUUAAAGGGCAGGGAAGCCUGCUUGGGUCGGACUCGGAGGAUGAAUGGAGAGUAGUAGAGUUUUGCAUCUUGUCUUCCUGUUGGCUGCUUUACGUAGUUGGGCUAAAUAUGAAGAGAGGAGCACAAAUAUAUAUAUAAAAUAUUUAUAUGUAUUGAGUAGAACUAUUAAUGACUUCAGCUCGAGGUCACAUUCUUUUUCACUAAUGAUUGUAUUCCCUUGUUUCUUUGGCAAGUUUCCACACAUUAUUUAUGGUGUAUUAUAAGGUUUUAAAGGCAGCUAAUUCUCAUGCUGCUUCCGGUCA